UUUGGCGCGCUGGUAUGACGCUUUUAUUACGUAAUACAUAUUACUUCAGCCUUCGACGCCCUAAGAGAAUAUGCUACUAGUGCAUAAUGGGUCAACUCUUUGGAUCUUUGCAGAAACCAAAGUAUACGCUUCCCCCCGAACUUUGGCACCAUUGCUGGAGUUUUCUGGCGUUUCAAGAUCUCCUUAACGUCUCAUCCACUUGUCGGUCAUUUCGUUUUAUCUGCAAAGACUUACUGUUCAAACACAUCACCACUACAAUCCCGUACAAGCACACCGUCCGGCACAUAUUCCAGCCUCGAAACGAAGAUGCCGCACGAAUUAGACGAGCACAUCGACUACUUGGUCGUCUUCAUGCGCUUCAAAGUGACAGUGAUGCCUGGGAAGUACUCGGACUAGUGGAGACAUGGAGCAUCAAGACAUAUGGUUCGCCUGCUCCAUUAGAGGAAACCGAGAUCAUGCAAUACGACAAAACCUCCUUCCCCUUCGUACAACCAUCCACCUCCAUUUUCCUCGUUUUGCCCUCGUGCAGAAACCUUCGUGUGCUGAAUAUUUCAGAUAUUUACAUGGGAGAAGAGCGCUGGUCUGCGCUCACAAAAAUCCCUCAGCUGGAAUGCCUCAACAUGGAACGCUGCGAUCUUUCAUUCACUGGAAAUUCCAUGAAGCUUAAAGUCGUAUCAAUCAUAUAUGAAGCACAUCGCGAUCCACCACUCGUCCCACCUCCCACCUCACGGCUUAUUUCCUCGCUGUUCAAUAUUCAACAUUUAGAAAGGCUCACACUACUCGACCUCACAUUUUCGGACUCUUUUCUCCUUGAAAUCGGUCGGUUGGGGCAGUUCGAGAAACUGAAGCAUCUUUCUGUGGUGGUUCCAGAAGCCCACAUAAAUACGCUGUUUGCUUUUUUGGAUAGAACGCCUUCCCUCACAUCGCUCACUAUUUCGAAUUUCUCGACCAUGGCCAAGCCCAGCAAGCCCGUUUUACAAUCUGUUAUUCCUAACCUCAUGGCUUACGACGGUUUUCCGACUCUUGUCCCAGUUCUACUUCCUGGGCGGCCCGUCAACGCUGUUUGUUUGAGGAUGAAUCACAGGACCGACCCUCAAGCCAGUCUCGGCAAUCCGUUUGGUGUCUACGACAACAAUGUUAUCUGCAAAGCAUUGGAUGACUGUUCUGCGUCCAGCCGCGCGGUACACGAUCUUAUGCUCUCCCCUUAUCAUCCUACCCCCGACAGCAUGCAGGACAUCGUGCGCAUCCACCCCAAUCUUCGCCAUCUGCGGCUUGAUAUCCUGCGCACGCCAAAUAUUAAUAUGGGCGUUGAUGUGGAGGAACCCAUGUCACUUAUUAUGGACAUGCUCGCUGAUAGGAUGGAAGUGCGUGAUAGCGAUAACUUCUCACGCCAUCCGUUGUUCUUGAUAUCGGGUUUCUUGAAUUGGAUCGCUAACGGUCAUCUCCCACUUCCGGAAAAGCUCGAGACACUGCAUCUUCAAUAUUACCAAAAAUCGGUGACCUUUUGCGGUGAUAUUGCAAAGCAACGACUCCUCGUGCCAAAGAUCUCCGCAGCUUAUCCUGCACUGCGUGAGAUUGAGAUGGGCACGACGCGCUGGUGGAGAAAGGGCGAUCGUUGGUCUUACGAGGUGUUCAGGUAUGAGGUAUAGGGUUAUAGGCCAUAUUUAGUUGUGAACUACGUAGCGUAAUGUGACAGAAGCACGACAAAGAAGCGUAGAUAAUCGCAUUAAAAAAUGAUUUGAAUUGCA